AUGUUGGAGAAGUGCGGUAUGGGAGAACGCAAAGGCGUCAACAAGUACUACCCGCCCGACUAUGACCCUUCCAAGGGCGGGCUCAACAAGUUCCAGGGCACGCACGCGCUGCGCGAGCGUGCCCGCAAGCUGCACCUGGGCAUCCUCGUCAUCCGCUUCGAGAUGCCGUACAACAUCUGGUGCGACGGAUGCGGAAAUCACAUAGGCAUGGGCGUCAGGUACAACGCCGAGAAAUCCAAGAUUGGAAUGUAUUACACGACUCCGGUGUAUCAGUUCCGGAUGAAAUGCCACCUGUGUGACAACUACUUUGUCAUCAAAACAGAUCCAGCGAACCUGGACUACGAGGUGUUGUCGGGCGCCCGGCGCCAAGAGCGCCGCUUCGACCCGGCCGAGAACGGCACCGUGGUGCCUGACGAGCGGGCCAAGAUCCAGAAACUGUCCACCGAUGCCAUGUUCAAGCUAGAGCACGGCGCCGACGACGUAGACAAGCUGAAGAGCUCGACGCCCGCGCUGCAGCGGCUGGAGGCCGUCCAGGACAGACUUUGGGACGACUUCGCCGCCAACAAAUUCCUCAGGGACAAGUUCAGGGUUUGUAACAGCGAGGCGUUGAGAGGGUUUGAUGAUAGCGACCAGUGCCGUUAA